AUGGACACCCUGUUCCGUCGAGGCAGACUGCCCUCAGACGAGCAGAUCCCACUUACCCCCGUCAAUGCCGCUGAGAGUGGCAGAGAGCCUCACCAGGUCGCCAAGGGGCAUGGAGGUCCACUGAGCGGUACCCCGCUGUUCGCUAGCUACACCCGCCAAUCUGCAGAGGACUUCAACAAGAUUUCCCAGCUUGAUCAGAACGCCAAUGCGCCCAUCUUCAUCCCCAGCCUCGUAAAUCUUCGGCGGAGAUGCUUCGAACACGUCAGCUCUUCUCUGCUAGAGUUGGAGAGAGACAUACCACGCAUGGAACACAACAAAGAGAAGAUCAACAAGGCGAUCGAGCUCCUCAAGGAUAUGGAUGCCAUGGUGGAGAGCGAAGCAAAGCGUCUUCGUAUGGAAGACCCCGAGUAUGCCGCGUCGCGCGGGCUGAGCAUUGUGCACUUCGAAUCCAAGGAUCCCAUCAACACGUUCCAUCAGGGUAAUUGGUUAAUGCUCAGCAAGAAAUGGGGAUACAGCGCGAGCAACAUUGUCGACCCGAUCAACAAGCCCGAUGGGACGAAACUCUCAAAGUACCACUUAAAGCAUAUAAAGGACUUCAUGGGCGUCGGCCUCGAAGGCCUCCAUAUGUGGACACGGCGCACAAAGACUGUUGAAGAGCGGCAGAGGGGGUCCUUGAAGUACCAGGUCAGUGGAGAAACGGAGCUCAACUACCGAAUCGCCCGUACCUGGAAGAUCGUCCUCUACCUUGCCGUUGCCGCUCUUAUUCUUUUCUACGGGGUGGGCAUCAUUGCGACCAACAGCCAGUUCUCACCAACCUUCGAACAAUUCUUCUUCUGGAUAGCCAUCUUCUGGUCGUUGAUCUCCAGCGCUCUGCUUAGCUGGGUUGUGAAAGUCCUAGGCGGCUCACAUCGAGACGUGGUUGCAGCAAUGUUGACUGGCAUUGGCAUAUGGCUGGUCGUCAUCCAAAUUGGACAAACCCGCCUCAACCGACAGUUAGAGGAUAGAAACAACUCGCCUAACCGGAGCGAGUGA